AACCACAAGCCCAGAAUUGAAAUAAGACCCCAAAAACAUAUGAUCUGGCACUAUAAAAAUCUGUGGACACAUUAUUACCAUCGAAUUCGACAAUAGCAGUUUUCGUUUGUUACCAGUGCAAGUUUGACUCAUUUAAAGUUUCACGUAUGGAUUUGAUAGUUAUGUUUUGUGCAUUUCUGAUUGUUGUUGCCGCCAAACCAUUUCAACCAGCAAGUCAACAGCAAUUUAAACAAAUUUUCAACGAAUGUCUAAAAUCCUCUAACGCUUCUCCAGAGUUAGCUAAGCUACUUUCAACUAAUGUUUACCCUGAGACAUCAGAAGUAGACCAUAUCCUUCGCUGCCAAGUUUCCAGGCUAGGAAUUUUCGUUGACUCUUCAACAGGAGGAUCAUCUCAAAUGGGACGUUGGCCAUCGGGAUACGAUCCUGAUCGUGUGAUGGCCCAAUUCAAAGCAGCCGGGUACAGCCUUGAGCCUGAAAGUGUUUCUAGUUGUCUUAGCCAAUAUGAGAAGCUAAAUGAAAAUGAAAAAGCCAGCAAAGAAAUCAGAUGUUUGGUUAGGAAAGCAAGGGAGCAACGCAGCGUCCUAAGGGAAUGAUAAGUUUUACUUGUGGUAUUAUUAUUAUAAGCGCUAAGUAUUUUAUGUAUGUUUGAAUUAAAUUUGUUUACAAUGUU